AUGGUAAUAUCAAUAUUGGCGCCGGAUGCUGUUAACUUUGAAAUAUUGGCACCGGAUGCUGUAAACAUUGAAAUAUUGGCACCGGAUGCUGUAAACAUUGAAAUAUUGGCACCGGAUGCUGUUAACUUUGAAAUAUUGGCACCGGAUGCUGUUAACUUUGAAAUAUUGGCACCGGAUGCUGUUAACUUUGAAAUAUUGGCACCGGAUGCUGUUAACUUUGAAAUAUUGGCACCGGAUGCUGUAAACAUUGAAAUAUUGGCGCCGGAUGCUGUUAACUUUGAAAUAUUGGCACCGGAUGCUGUUAACUUUGAAAUAUUGGCGCCGGAUGCUGUAAACUUUGAAAUAUUGGCGCCAAAUGUUUUAAAUUUGGAGAGGGAAAGCGAGCCAGCCAGCCAGGGAGCGAGAGCGAGCCAGCCAGCAAGCAAGAGCGAGCCAGCCAGGGAGCAAGAGCGAGCCAGCCAGCGAGCAAGAGCGAGCCAGCCAGGGAGCAAGAGCGAGCCAGCCAGCGAGCAAGAGCGAGCCAGCCAGGGAGCAAGAGCGAGCCAGCCAGCGAGCAAGAGCGAGCCAGCCAGCGAGCAAGAGCGAGCCAGCCAGCGAGCAAGAGCGAGCCAGCCAGCCAGCAAGAGCGAGCCAGCCAGCGAGCAAGAGCGAGCCAGCCAGGGAGCAAGAGCGAGCCAGCCAGCGAGAGCAAGCCAGCCAGGGAGCGAGAGCGAGCCAGCCAGCGAGCAAGAGCGAGCCAGCCAGGGAGCAAGAGCGAGCCAGCCAGCGAGAGCAAGCCAGCCAGGGAGCGAGAGCGAGCCAGCCAGGGAGCGAGAGCAAGCCAGCCAGCCAGCAAGAGCAAGCCCGCCAGGGAGCGAGCCAGCCAGGGAGCAAGAGCGAGCUAGCCAGCGAGCAAGAGCGAGCCAGCCAGGGAGCAAGAGCGAGCCAGCCAGCGAGCAAGAGCGAGCCAGCCAGGGAGCAAGAGCGAGCCAGCCCGCGAGCAAGAGCGAGCCAGCCAGCGAGCAAGAGCGAGCCAGCCAGCGAGCAAGAGCGAGCCAGCCAGCCAGCAAGAGCGAGCCAGCCAGCGAGCAAGAGCGAGCCAGCCAGGGAGCAAGAGCGAGCCAGCCAGCGAGAGCAAGCCAGCCAGGGAGCGAGAGCAAGCCAGCCAGCCAGCAAGAGCGAGCCCGCCAGGGAGCGAGAGCGAGCCAGCCAGCGAGAGCAAGCCAGCCAGGGAGCGAGAGCAAGCCAGCCAGGGAGCGAGAGCAAGCCAGCCAGCCAGCAAGAGCAAGCCCGCCAGGGAGCGAGCCAGCCAGCGAGAGCAAGCCAGCCAGGGAGCGAGAGCAAGCCAGUCAGCCAGCAAGAGCGAGCCAGCCAGGGAGCGAGAGCGAGCCAGCCAGCGAGAGCAAGCCAGCCAGGGAGCGAGAGCGAGCCAGCCAGGGAGCAAGAGCGAGCCAGCCAGGGAGCGAGAGCGAGCCAGCCAGGGAGCGAGAGCAAGCCAGCCAGCAAGAGCAAGCCCGCCAGGGAGCGAGAGCGAGCCAGCCAGGGAGCGAGAGCAAGCCAGCCAGGGAGCGAGAGCAAGCCAGCCAGCCAGCAAGAAUUAAGUCUUGUGCCAUUAAUUCCUCUCGAGAACUUCAGGACACUUGGGGCUGCUCGGGUGAAGUAAAGGCCAUGUUCUCAUUCUACAGUGUCCUUUGA